CUCCACAGCCCUGCUGUGGUAAAGAGCACGUAUAAACUGCCGCUAACAGGGUUUUCUGUCUAGAGCUGUAAGUACGUCUGAGAGGCCCCUGUGAGUCGCAAUGCUGCCAGCUCUCCUGCUGUUCUCCACACUGCCUGCCUGUUGGCUGUUUGGUUUGUCCACAGGCUCCUAAUUGGAGUGUGGCCAGGGGAGGGUGAAGGAGCAGAAACCACAUCUGUUCGCUCCACUCUGGGUUUGCAGCACUGGUGAGGAAUAGUUGGGACAAGGGCUGACACUAGACUGCAUGCCACGGGGAAGACAGUCCAGUCAUAUCCCAACCCCGUCCUGUCCCCUCCCCCAGUCCUUCAAAGACAAAUGGCCUUGCACUUUGUUUCGGAAGAAUUUCUCCCAGUGCCCCGUAAUGCAUCUGGAGGGCAUUUCUCCUUGUGAUUUACCUCACGGGUGUGGGUACCUCAGUAGCAGGAUUUAAUCCUUUGAGAGUUGUAGGGCUGUGUCAUCCCCGGGUAGAACUUGAGCUUGAAGCUGUUGGUGGGAGCGAUAUUUUCAGAUGCUCUGUGGAUUCUUUGUAUCCGUGUAUUUUUUUUUCUGCUCUGUUCUGGGGUGUAAUUGAAAACCUGCUGUGAUCAGAUCACUACCAUGGACGGAGGGAUGCAUCUAAGUGGGGCUGUCAGACGCUUGGCUGCUUAGCUGUGCUUUCUGGAUUGUGGUGUUGAAAGUGCCAUUCUGCAUGCUUCCUGCUAACAACCGCCAAGAGCCUGCCUCUGUGGGCAGCAUGCAUGUGGGCAGUGGCACUAAGCAACCUUCUGCCGGACCCUUGGAGAAGGGAGUGGGCCUUCUCCUCCGUGAGCGAAGAACCUGAUUCCAUUUUAAAAUUUCUCAGGACAAACCAAGCCUCAGAGCCUAUGUUUAUUGAAGUUUGGGGUGGAAGGCUCUCACAUCCUCCACCCGUCAGAAGGAUAUAGAGGCUUAAUCACCCUGGUGGGGAUUUAGACCCAGAGACUUCAGAGAAAUCUUAUUAUUUCUAACUGCAGGCAAAGAGUAUUAAGGCUCCACUCUGGAUCCAGGGCAUGACAUGUUCUCUAAGUAAUUUAUCUUUACCAGGGGAAGGCCCCUACUAGAGUGGCCUAGAAACAAACCUGAGAUGGGCUCUCAUUGUUCCCCCUCUUUUCUUCCCCAUCUCAGCCUCCUGCUGCUUCCUUCUGUCCUGACCCUUCCUGCCCACAAUGUCCUGUGUCUGUGUCUGCCAGCAUGGGCGUCGGGUGCCUGCCAGGGAGAGAUAAUGAUAUCUUUACAGUCCGUGGCCUCAUCCAGCCUCGUAAACUUGUCAGUGGCUGGCCUCCCUGCACCCCUUCAGAGAAGGACCAGGGAAGGGAGAAGAUGGAGUGAGGGGAUUGGGGCCUUCCACAGCCCCCAGUGCAGGUCAUGGAAAUAUUGCUCAGCUUUCUGAUUUCCAGGUUCUAUUCCUGCUCCCUCCUUACCCAGUUCGCAGCCCCAGGGACCGUCUUUCUGAUGAUCACAGAGAUGGGCAGCAGUGAGCCCCUUCCCAUCGUGGAUAGUGACAAGAGGAGAAAGAAGAAGCGUAAGACCCGGGCCACCGACUCUCUGCCAGGGAAGUUUGAAGACGUGUACCAGCUGACCUCAGAAUUGCUGGGAGAAGGAGCCUAUGCCAAAGUCCAGGGUGCCGUGAGCCUGCAGAGUGGCAAAGAGUAUGCAGUCAAAAUCAUCGAGAAGCAAGCAGGACACAGUCGAAGCCGAGUAUUCCGUGAGGUGGAGACGUUGUACCAGUGUCAAGGAAACAGGAACAUUUUGGAGCUGAUUGAAUUCUUUGAAGAUGACACACGAUUUUACUUGGUCUUUGAGAAAUUGCAAGGAGGCUCCAUCCUAGCACACAUCCAGAAGCGGAAGCACUUCAAUGAGCUAGAAGCCAGCAGAGUGGUGCGGGAUGUCGCCACUGCCCUUGAUUUCCUGCAUACUAAAGGCAUUGCUCACCGUGAUCUGAAGCCAGAAAACAUAUUGUGCGAAUCUCCAGAAAAGGUGUCUCCGGUGAAAAUUUGUGACUUUGACUUGGGCAGUGGAGUAAAAUUGAACAACUCCUGCACUCCCAUAACCACACCAGAGCUGACCACUCCAUGCGGCUCUGCAGAGUAUAUGGCACCUGAGGUGGUGGAGGUCUUUAGGGACGAGGCUACUUUCUAUGACAAGCGCUGUGACCUGUGGAGCCUGGGUGUGGUCCUCUACAUCAUGCUGAGUGGCUACCCCCCCUUUGUAGGUCACUGUGGGGCUGACUGCGGCUGGGACCGGGGAGAGGUAUGCAGGAUGUGCCAGAACAAGCUGUUCGAAAGCAUCCAGGAAGGCAAAUACGAGUUUCCCGACAAAGACUGGGCUCACAUCUCCACCGAGGCCAAAGACCUCAUCUCUAAGCUCCUGGUUCGAGAUGCGAAGCAGAGACUCAGCGCUGCCCAAGUUCUGCAGCAUCCAUGGGUGCAAGGGCAAGCUCCAGAAAGGGGACUCCCCACGCCGCAAGUCCUUCAGAGAAACAGCAGCACCAUGGACUUGACACUCUUCGCAGCUGAGGCCAUUGCCCUCAACCGCCAGCUGUCUCAGCAUGAAGAGAAUGAACUGGCUGAGGAACACGAGGCCCUAGCCGAGGGCCUCUGCUCCAUGAAGCUGUCCCCUCCAUCCAAAUCUCGCCUGGCACGAAGGCGAGCCCUGGCCCACGCUGGCCGAGAAGCAAACUCUUGUUCCACACCCGCAGGGCUCUGAACUGAUAUGCAGGCACACCUUGUCGGUGCCCCCUGACAACCUACGAGGUCAAAGUGUGAAGCUAGCCGAGGGACCUGCCCUGCAGCCCCAGCAGGCCUUUACCAUCCACAAAGGCUCCUGGGUUCCCACCCAUCCCCCAUUUCCCUUGGGUCCUCAAAGGAAAAAGCUUUUUCCAAAGGGGUUGUCUUUGAAAAGGAAGGCAAUCACUUGUCACUUUGCAUAAUAGCCUGCAGCAGGAACAUCUCUCUGCCCGGCUCCAACUGCUCCCAGUGUGCAGAUCCCGGAUCCAGCUUUUGGUGGGGGCUGCUGGGGCUGCAGCCUUCAGGGAGCCGGCUUCCAGGAGCUGACAGAAGCUGACAGACACGCCUCUUCUCCCCUGCACUGUCACCUUCUCCCACCUUCCUCUGUCCUACAGACGUCCUCUCUGCCUGUCUUCUCCCCGGCUGAGCAAAGCCAUCCCCUCAAUUCAGGAAGGGCAGGGAACCAACCAGAUCAGUCUUCCAGUCUGUAGCACGGAGAAGCACAUAAUCUUUCUUUGCCUUGACCGAGAUGUCUUCCUCAUUUAUCAUCCUCUUCCGUGUUUCGGAUUGUUGCUAAAGUCAGUAUUAUUCCUUUUUAAAAAUGCGUUUGCUUUAUUUUUAACCAUGUUCUUCCAGCAACCAUAGAACUUCAAACUCGCACUGUGAGCCCAUGGACUUCCCCAGGCAGAUGCCCAUGCACUUGGGUUUUAAUCCUCCUCCCCACUGUCUCCAACUUUAAAGACCGGUGCCUUCGCAUCUUUGUCUGCCACUGCCUUCUCCCAGGUCUUUUGUGGAGAGAGGCACAAACCCAGGGCAGUCAGACUGCUGUGUCCGAGAUGAAGCCCUGCUGCCCUGCUCUGAGAAAUGCUGUGCCCACUGCCCCCAGACAUGAAGGCACAGCCACUGUCAGAUAAGCUGUGGGGUCACAUAAAACAGAUUUGCACAUGUGACAUACGUUAGUCAACCACGACCACCCAAAUUCUCUCAUAACUUGUGCUUAUUUUAAUAAAUAAUUUAAAAUUUUA